GUGUCCCCACACGGACGGCAGAGGAUCUGCUCUACAGCGACAUGCGACUCCUGCUGGCCUGCGGCGUUCUCCUGGCGACGGCCUGCGCUGUCCACGGCGGCGGUGGCGGCUGGUCCGGGGGUGGCGGAGGCGGCGGCUGGUCCGGAGGCGGCGGUGGCGGCAGCGGCGGCGGCGGCGGAGGCAAAGGAGGUGGCGGUGGAAGCGGCGGCGGCGGCGGCGGCGGCGGUGGCAGCACGACGUACAAGACCGGCUCCACGUACCUGGUCAAGUCUCUGCACCCUGGAGGGUGGUCCGGCGGAGGUGGAGGCGGAGGGUGGUCCGGCGGAGGUGGAGGCGGAGGGGGGGGGGGG